AUGCCGAAAAAAGGCAAAGGAAAAAAAGGUGGAAAAGGCAAAAAAGGCAAAAAAGGUAAAAAAACGAAAGAAAAAGAAGAAUCAGCUGUUAAAAUGGGUAUCCAUAAUUCAAAUUUAUGGGAAGCUCAACUUAAUGUGAUGGAUUUAUCACGGAAACAUUAUCGAGAUAUAGCUGGCACUCUAGCUAAUGAUAAUGAAAAAAUGCGUGAUCAAAUGCGUCUAACUGAAAAAGACACAAUUGAUGUUGUAACUUUUCUAAAGAAACAAGAUGCUGAUAAAGAUGCCGAGAUAGAUCGUUUACAACAAAAUGUGAAAACUCUCAAAAUGAAUCAUCGGAAAGUUAAAGAUGACUUAAUUGGUGAUUUCAGUCGAGACAAACGUCAAUUAGAUGAAAAAUUAUCUCGAAAAGAAAGUGAACUUGAAAUAAUUCGUCAUGAACUUAAUCAAGUAAAAGAAUUUCGAAAGAAAAAAACACAAAUGCAAAAAGAACUUGAAGAAAUUAAAGAAGCAAUGAUUUCAAAUGAACGUGAACAUAAAGAUACAAUAGAAAAAUUAGAACAAAAAUUUUUUGAAGAAAAAAUGCGUUUACAACAAGAAUCAAAUAAAAAAAUUGAAGAAAUAGCUACACGUGCACAAGAUGAAGCUUUAAAAAGUUUAAAUGAAACAAAUCGUAAUGUCUACAAAGAAAAUAUUGAUCUUAUUGAUUCAUUACGUAUGCAUAAACAAGAAUUAGAUGAAUUACAAAAAACAAAAGAACAAUUAUCAAGAUUAAUAGCAACUACAAGUAAUGAUAAAGAAUUAAAUGAAAUAUUAAUAAAAGAAAAACUUGAACAAGUACAAAAACAAAAUAAUAUGAUCAAAGAAUUAAAAGAAAAAAUUCAAUUAUUAGAAACAUCAUUAACACAAUUUAUACAAGAAUUUGAUAUUGAACGAAAAAAUAUUCUUGAACAAACACAAAUUAAACAUGAAUCAUCACGUAGUGAAAUCAUAAGAUUACAACGUAUAUUAGAAUUAAAAACAAAAGAAAUGAAUAAAGUUAAAAAAUUAGCUAAAAUUAUUAUUGAACAACGUACAGAAUUAGAAACAUUCUUCUUGGAUGCUUUACAACAUGUUAAAAAACAAAUUGCUUUAAAUCGUUCACAAUAUCGAAAAGAUGCAUUUAAUGCUUAUCAAAAUCGAAUGUUAAAUGCUCAUCAUGGACAAGGAGAUUAUCCAAGGAUACGAACAUUUAAUGAAACAUUUCAUGGAUAUAGUACAAAUAGUGUUUUUCAUGAUUUAGAAGAAGCAACGAAAUGGACAAAUAUGGGACCUGAAGUUGAUAUUGCUGAUUUAACAUGGGAACAAAAAGAACAGGUACUUCGAGCAUUAUUUAUACGAAUGAAUACAAACAAAUCCAAUAUGAUAGAUUUCUCUAUGAAUGAAACUCAUAUGGAUAAUGAUGAUCGUCCAAUUGAUGUUACUCAUGAUAAUGCAAACAAUCUUUUUCUAACACAAGGAGUUAAUACAACACAAAAUGCAAGUUUAUCUGAUUCAAGAAGUAAUGCAAGCAUAUCGGAUGUGCCCAAAUUACCUCAAAUUACUGCUACAGCUGCUACAUAA